AUGUUGCGUUCAACGCUUGGGGCGAGCCGAGGCCGUGUGCUUGUUCUACACAAAUCCGCCAACAGACAUCUACUGAGCUCGGGCAGCAUCCUGCCUCGCUGGAGUCAGGUUAGAAGAUCUGCGUCCACUGUGACGAGCUUAGACAAUUUUCCUGGAAUCGGAGACAAAAUCCAUGGCUUCACCGUUCAAGAAAAGAAGCAUGUGCCGGAAUUACACCUCACGGCUGUCCGGUUAACGCAUGAUAAGACCGAUGCGGAUUACCUCCACGUGGCCAGGGAAGACAAGAAUAAUGUGUUUGGAAUCGGCUUCAAGACCAAUCCACCAGAUGCCACUGGUGUUCCCCAUAUCCUGGAGCAUACCACACUCUGUGGUAGCGAGAAGUAUCCUAUCCGCGACCCUUUCUUCAAGAUGCUUCCCCGGUCGCUGUCAAACUUCAUGAAUGCCUUCACCUCUGCCGACCACACCACAUAUCCUUUCGCUACCACGAAUCAGCAAGACUUCCGGAACCUUCUUUCAGUGUAUCUGGAUGCCACCUUCCACCCUUUGCUCAAGGAAGAGGAUUUCAGGCAAGAAGGCUGGCGUUUGGGUCCAGAGGAUCCCCGUGCUAUUGAGGGUCAGACGGCUCAGACACCCGAGGACAUCCUCUUUAAGGGCGUUGUGUACAACGAAAUGAAGGGACAAAUCUCGGACGCCAAUUACCUCUAUUACAUCAAGUACAAAGAGAGCAUCAUCCCAGCACUUAACAACUCCGGGGGUGAUCCGCAGUACAUCACCGACUUGACCCACAAGCAACUGGUCGACUUUUCCAAGCGCAACUACCAUCCCAGCAAUGCCAAAAUCUUCACAUAUGGUGACAUGCCUUUGACUAACCAUCUCGAGCAAAUCGGCAAGGUUCUGGACGGAUUUCAGAAGGGUGAAGCUGAUACGUCUGUCAAACAGCCCAUCGACCUUAGCCAAGGGCCUAAGAAUGUGACUGUCCAGGGCCCCAUUGACACGUUCGCUGGCGAGGACAAGCAACACAAAACCUCAACUUCCUGGUACAUGGGAGAUUCGACUGAUGUAGUGGAGACAUUCUCGGCCGGAAUUGUCUCUUCGCUGCUCUUGGAUGGUUACGGCUCCCCGAUGUAUCGGGCUCUGAUCGAAAGUGGCCUCGGCUCUUCCUUCAGCCCUAAUACAGGGCUUGAUACGUCCGGCCGUGUGCCUGUCUUCUCCGUCGGCGUGACUGGUGUCAGUGAGGAAUCAACUUCUCAUGUCAAGACUGCUAUCCAGACUGUAUUUGAAGAAUCAUUCGCUACCGGCUUUAGCGAUGAGAAGGUUCAAGGUAUCCUUCAUCAGCUAGAACUCGCCCUUAGGCAUAAGACAGCAAAUUUUGGCAUUGGUGUCAUGGAAAAGACCAUUGGCUCUUGGUUCAAUGGGUCCAACCCUAUGAAAGAGCUGGCUUGGAACGAAGUGGUUGAUGAGUUCAAGAGGAGGUAUGCGCAAGGCGGUUACCUGGAGUCGCUGAUGCAGAAGUACCUUAUGAAUGACAAUUGCCUGACAUUCACGAUGGUUGGCACGCCUACUUUCAACAAAGAGCUCGAUGAGCAGGAGUUGGUGCGAAAGGAGAAGAAGCUUAGUAAGCUCGUUGAACAGCAUGGGUCGAUGGAGAAGGCCAUCGCCGCAUUGACGGCGGAAGAGCUUCAACUUCUCAAGGUUCAGGAAGAGGCACAGAAAGCUGACCUGAGCUGCUUGCCGUCCCUUCGUGUGUCUGAUAUUUCGCGCGAGAAGGAGCGCAAGCCCGUUCGGGAAUCCAAGGUCGACGACGUAGACGUUGUCUGGCGGGAAGCUCCUACUAAUGGCCUGACCUACUUCCAGGCCUUGAACACCUUCGAUGGUCUCCCCGAUGACCUUCGGUUGUUGAUGCCCCUCUUCAAUGAUUGUAUCAUGCGCCUGGGGACGGCGAACCGAUCCAUGGAGCAAUGGGAAGACUUGAUCAAACUGAAGACUGGCGGUAUCUCCACCUCCACGUUCCACACGGCUUCCCCGACGGAGCUUGGAAAAUUCAAUGAAGGCCUUCAAUUCUCUGGCUCUGCUUUGGACAAGAAUAUUCCCGACAUGCUGCAGAUCCUCACUACCCUUGUCACCGAAACCGACUUCACUAGUCCCAGCGCGCCUGCCAUGAUUCAGGAGUUGCUCCGUAUGACGACCAACGGUGCUCUGGAUGCUGUUGCAGGAACCGGUCAUCGCUUCGCACUCAAUGCGGCUGCGGCCAAUCUCUCGCGCAGCUUCUGGGUACAAGAGCAGCAGUCCGGUCUCGCACAAUUGCAGGCCACAGCCAAUCUUUUGCGGGACGCGGAAACGUCGCCCGAGCGUUUGGCAGAAUUGAUUGAGAAACUUCGCGCGAUCCAGGCUUUCGCCAUCUCCAGAUCGUCUGGUCUCCGCGUCCGCAUGGUGUGCGAACCCGACAGCGCGAGCCAAAAUGAAUCUGUGCUGCAGAAGUGGCUCGCGGGUCUGCCUCAAGUUCGCUCCCCGACUGCCGCUUUCGAGAUCCCUGUGUCGAAGUCCAAGCUGAUCAAGACGUUCUUUGACAUGCCAUACAAGGUUUAUUACUCUGGAUUGGCCAUGCACACGGUUCCAUUUGUUCACUCCUCUAGCGCCAAGCUUAGUGUUCUCUCUCAGCUCCUGACACAUAACUACCUCCAUCCGGAGAUCCGUGAGAAGGGAGGUGCUUACGGUGCGGGAGCCAGCAACGGCCCGGUUAAGGGAAUGUUUGCCUUUACCAGCUACCGGGAUCCCAAUCCCACCAACACCUUGAAGGUUUUCCAGAACAGUGGCAUUUUUGCUAGAGACCGGGCUUGGUCCGAGCGGGAACUCAACGAAGCCAAGCUGGGUAUCUUCCAAGGCCUCGACGCCCCAAUGAGCGUUGAUGAGGAAGGCGCCAGGUAUUUCAUGAGCGGUGUCACCCAUGAAAUGGAUCAGCGCUGGAGAGAGCAGGUCCUCGAUGUCACGGCGAAGGAUGUCAACGAAGCAGCACAGACCUUCUUGGUCAAUGGUUCUCAGCAAUCCGUUUGCCUUCUUGGUGAGAAGAAAGAUUGGAUAGAGUCAGAUGGCUGGGAUAUGCGCAAGCUUUCCAUGAGUGUGGCAGAGGAGGCGUCUGGACAUGUUGAAGACGUCGCUGCGUCUGCGUGA